GACACAUCCUCGACUUUAUCGGAACGGCUUGGUUCUUCCGUGCAGAAAAUAAGGCAGAAGUUCAGAGGCAGAGAGGCAGUCUGACCGGACCCAAAAUGUCUACACAGCAACAGGAGGAAAAACGUUAUGACCCCAAAGACACCACGCUGAAAUUUGUCAACAGACCGGACGAUUUAGAUCCGCUGCCCCCAGAGGAGGGAGACAGGUGCCUCCGAGCGGAGAUGUCCUGCGGUCAUGCUGUCACCCCGGAGUCUCUCACUGGCUGGUGUCGCAGUUUGCUCGAUCAGGGGCAGUAUAAAUUUAAGUGCCCUGCCCUGGAGGCUGACACUUUACAGAAGUGCAAUGAAGAGUGGUCUUAUCAAGAGGUGCGUAGGCUGGCCGUGCUGACUGCUGAAGAGAUGCAGCACUUUGAGGAAAACAUGGCCCGCCUGGCUGCUGCAGAGUACUGUGAAUUUAAAGCAUGUCCUGGGUGCAAAACCUAUGUGGAGAGAGAGGACCUCACCAACCUAAAUGUCGAGUGCACCAUCUGUGCUGCAGACAAGGGGCAGGUCUACCAGUUCUGUUGGCAGUGUCUGAAGCCGUGGAAAGGCCGGGCUCCACGCUCUGAGCGCUGUGACAACGAGGGCUGCGUCAACCACGACCUUGAAAUUCUCAAGAACUGCAAGACCACCACAUUUCCCGAGGUGCAGGAUGUCAAGGAUUGCCCCUCCAUCCGGGCCUGUCCCACCUGCGGGAUGAGAGUGGAGCACGACAAGUCGGGCUGCAAGAACAUCAUCUGUCCCCGCUGUCAGAUUGAGUUCUGCUUUGUGUGUCUGAAGCUCACUCCUGAGUGUCUGGAGACAAGCUCCUAUUACAUACCCUGCAGUGAUGGUGUGGCUCCCAGACAAACCUCCAUACCCGUAUGGCACAGACACUAAGACGACAGCACCUUCACACACAUUACCUUUCGUUUCUCGAGUCAGACUCAAAUCUUUCCUGUUGAAUUUUACUGUGUAAUACUCGUUUCAGACUUCGUUUCAGAUACUGUUUUCAAUGUACUUGCAUGAUGUGUUGAAAGUUAUAUACUACUUUUGCAUUUACCUUUGCUAAAAGUUUAACCUGUUCUUAUCUGUACUGAAGAAUAAA